AUGAAUAUUGACUUCAAACUUUUUGAAGUGUCUGCUCCUUUGCCAGCAUUACCACCAAAUGUCACAAAAAAAACCACUACCGAUCUGUUUAAAAACUAUGCCCUCGGAAACAACUUUGAUUUGAUUAGAGUUCGCUUUCUAGAAAGCGGUGUUUACCGCAAUACACGUGAGUUAGCCGAUGCUAAUCGUCAACGUCAAAAGGACAGCUACAGAUGUAAUUACCCAUAUUAUAUUAAAAUCCAACUCUUAGGGACAGCCGAAAAGGUCUUUGAUAGACAUUUUGAUAUAAAUGAUGAAUUUAUUUAA